AUGGCCGGAGCGAGCGACAAAGCCCGUUUCUUUCAGGAACAGUCCGUUCCCGAGCUCCAGGAAUUUGCACGUAAGAAAACAUUUAGCAAGGAAGAGAUCGCUUCCAUCGCACGAAAACGUUCCGAUUUUGAGCACAUCAUCAAUGCGCGAGGAUCAAAGCCACAAGAUUAUGCUCGAUACGCUGAAUAUGAGAUGAACCUGGAGUCCCUCCGUCGAAAGCGUGUCACAAGAUUGGGAGUCAAAACCAGCAAUCACACUGGCCAGCGUCGCAUAUUCUUCGUCCUUGACCGCGCAACCAAGAAGUUUCCCGGCGACGUUGGACUAUGGAUGCAAUACAUCACGUUCGCUCAGAAGCAGGGAUCGAACCAGAAAGUCUCGCAAAUUCUUACGAGUGUUUUGAGAUUGCAUCCUACGAAGCCUGAAUUAUGGAUCUAUGCUGCCACAAUGCGAGACGCCGACAUGACGGAAGCGAGGAGCUACAUGCAACGGGGCCUGAGAUUUUGUGGAAGUAGCGAGAAAUUAUGGAUUGAGUAUGCCAGAUUGGAGAUGAUACAUGUUUCUAAGAUUGCUGGAAGGAGGCGGAUUUUGGGUCUCGAUGGUGGGAAGGUGGAUAAGAAGAGUAGACAGGACGCAGAGGGCGAUGACGAGGACAUGAUUACUCUUCCCGCUAUCACUGCUGAGAAUAUUAUGUCGGGGCAGCGGCCAAGAGGUGGCGCGGAGCAGGAAGCGUUGGUAAAGCUGGGUACAAGUCCAGCAUUAUUAGGAGCUAUACCGAUGGCAAUAUUUGAUGCGGCUAUGAAGCAUUUCAAGGAAGGCAACGAACUUUGCCAACAAUUCUUCGAUGUGGUCGCCGAAUUCCACGAGGUACCGUGUCAAAAAAGCAUACUGUCCCACAUGAUGGACACUCUGCGUACGAUUGCUCCAAAGAGCCCUGGAACCUUGAUCCGUUGGAUUCAGCAGCCAGUGAUAGGGACUGACGUUAAGUCUCCAGAAUUCCCGGCCCUCUUUGUUGAUUGCCUGGAUCGCAUGAAGAGGUCCUUCGAGAUACUGACAACCAUCUCAACCCCCCCAAAGACGGCGCGACCUAUGAGUAUUCUUGGCCAACAGGUCAUCGCCUGGAUGCUGACGUACCAAAAAGAAGAUAUUGAUGCUGACGUUCGUAAGGUGAUAAGGAUUACAAUUAGGAAGGUGGAGUCAAUUUCCGGCAGACUCUGA